UCAAAUGUAAACUAAGUACUGUCAAACGUUACAUGGUUGACAAUUGACAUGGUCUUGAGUUCCUGCAAUGGUCUACGGUCGACCUUAUUAAAAAAACUGUAUUAAACUGUAAAACUUAUGAAUUAAUCUUUUUAGAUCAUUAAUGAGAUUUGAUCCCUUUAAAUACUAUCGUGGUUACUUAUUAUGUAAUAAACUUAAAAGGUUAAUAAAUUUUAGUAGUACAAUCAAAAUGCAAGUUUUUACUCAAAAGCGGAACCCAAUAACUGGGGAUACGGAGUGGGAUGUACAACACGAAGAUUACGACUAUCACCAAGAAAUAGCUCGGUCUGCCUUCGCUGAUAUGCUUCAUGACACGGAAAGAAAUAAAAAAUACUAUAGAGCUUUACAGUUAGCGAUUGAAAAUAUACACAAUGAAGGAAAGAAAGCAAAUGUGUUGGAUAUAGGAACCGGUACUGGCUUAUUGUCUAUAAUGGCAGCAAGGUGCGGUGCUGACACAAUUACAGCUUGUGAAGCUUUCAAACCAAUGGCAGAAUGUUGUAUAAAAAUAUUAGAAAGAAAUGGUGUUGCAGAUAAAAUAACUGUUAUUCCUAAACGAUCCACUGAAUUGAUUGUCGGUGACGAUGGAGAUAUGAAGCAGAAAGCUAAUAUAUUAGUUACUGAAGUUUUUGAUACAGAGUUAAUUGGAGAAGGAGCUCUAUCAACUUUUUCUCACGCACAUAAAUAUCUCUUGGAAGAAGAUUGUAUAGUUGUUCCCGAUUCUGCUGUUAUUUAUGUACAGGUUAUCGAGUGUCCGACCCUGCAGAAAUGGAAUAAACUUAAUGAUUUAGUUGAUUCAGACCUGAAGUUAAUAUUGAGGACUCCACAAAAGAUGAAGGACUGUGCUGGAUCGGCCGCUGUGCAUGACAUUCAGCUAUCACAACUUCCCCGACAAGCUUUUAAAGAAUUAUCUGAACAAAUUCCUGUAUUUUAUUAUGAUUGGUCCGGUCGAUCGUCUAUCGACAUGAAACGUACGGUUAAACAGCAGUUUACCGUGACCAACACUGGGAAAGCACAAAUGAUUUUUAUGUGGUGGGAACUUAAUAUGGAUCCAGAAGGUAAAAUAUGCUUAAGUUGCGCUCCAUGGUGGGCUCACGUUGAUGCUGAUCUAUCAUCUGAAAAACCACAAGACACUAUACCAUGGCGAGAUCAUUGGAUGCAAGCAGUUUACUAUUUACCACAGGAGUUAUUAGUCGAAAAGGAUUCAGAAUUAUCUCUAAUAUCCUGUCAAGAUGAAUACUCCCUUUGGUUUUAUGUGGAAAAUGAACGACAAAAACACAAACAUUAUAGACGACCGAUAUGCGAUUGUGGGGUACAUAUGGCAUUGUCAAGAACGCACGUAUCCUAUUUAAACGAUGGGAGACGGAGUAAAAAGUUUCUAGAACAUUUAGAAAAUGAACUUUUAAAGGACAGUGUUGUUGUAGACGUUAACGGCAGCAGUCUACUUGGUCUGGCUGCCUCUAAAUUAGGUGCUAAAAUGGUUUAUAUAUUAGAAGAUAUGAACUUAAAUAUUGGAAUUUUAAAUGAUUAUAUCAAAGAGAAUGAUAUAGAAAACGUGCAGAUAAUUUCUGAGCCAACAGAUGAUAUUUUAGCUAAUGUUACAAAUAUUAUUUGUGACCCAAAUUUUAGUAGUGCAAUAUUACCGUGGGAAAAUUUGAAGGUGGCAUAUCGUUUAUACAAAUUCAGAAAUAAAUUGAAAGAUGGCAUUACAGUAAUGCCACAGAGUUGUGAGUUUUGGGCUAUGCCUGUCGAAUUUCAAGAUUUGCAUAAAAUAAGAAUACCGCUUGGUAUUUGUGAAGGAAUUGAUAUGUCGAUUUUCGAUGAUCUUGUCGAGAGUUCCCGUACAAUUAGUGAUUCGGAAAUAGAGGCCCAACCCUUGUGGGAGUACCCUUGUAAAUGUCGUGGAUUACCGCGAAAGUUAUUCAGUAUUGACUUGAAUGAUUUGAAGGCUACUUUCGCGUGUGACGGGGAUAAUCCUGUUGCGGAUACAGAAAUUGAAGGAGGCAACCUUGUAAAUGGUUUUACUAUAUGGGCAGUGUGGGUUGUAGAUGGAAAGCCCAUAAGCUCUGGACCCUUGGAGUGGCCGAUGGUUGGAGACCAAGUGACUUGGGAUACACACACCAGACAGGCUGUUAAAAUACUUAAAAAAUCAAGGAUUGUAGGCGAGUCAGAUAAAUGGAGUUAUCAAGUUGCUUGUGAUCUAGAAAAAGGACAAUUCAACUUACACCUUGACUGGGUCGAUGAAUAAUUUCAUUUUGUAUUGAGAAUUUAAUAAAUGAACUAUAUUUAUGA